AUGGGUAACUGCAGUGGCCUCCCAUCUGAUCAAACCCAACUCCCGACGACCACCACCGAAUCUGGACCCCGCCACCACUCCAAUGGCCUCAAAAUCCACCCUCCAUCUUCUUCCUCCUCCUCCACCGCCACCACCGCCACCACCACAUCAACCAACGCAUCAACCGUUGGCCGCGUCUUGGGCCGGCCCAUGGAGGACGUCCGGUCCACUUACAUCUUCGGCCGCGAGCUCGGACGUGGCCAGUUCGGUGUCACUUACUUAGUAACGCACAAAGAAACUAAACAACAAUUCGCGUGCAAGUCAAUCGCCACGCGCAAGCUCAUCAACCGAGAUGACAUCGAAGACGUCCGUCGCGAAGUCCAGAUCAUGUACCACCUCACGGGUCACAGGAACAUCGUGGAGCUGAAGGGCGCGUAUGAGGACCGGCACUCGGUCAACUUGGUCAUGGAAUUGUGUGCGGGAGGGGAGCUGUUUGAUCGGAUCAUAGCUAAGGGGCAUUAUUCUGAGAGAGCUGCCGCCAAUUUGUGUAGACAGAUUGUGACCGUGGUGCAUAAUUGUCAUUCUAUGGGUGUUAUGCAUAGGGAUUUGAAGCCUGAGAAUUUCUUGUUGUUGAACACUGAUGAGGAUUCGCCUUUGAAAGCUACUGACUUUGGGCUCUCUGUGUUUUUCAAGCCAGGAGACGUGUUUAAGGACCUUGUUGGAAGUGCAUAUUAUGUAGCUCCUGAGAUAUUGCGCAGGAGUUAUGGUGCUGAGGCAGAUAUUUGGAGUGCUGGAGUGAUACUAUACAUUCUUCUUAGUGGAGUUCCUCCAUUUUGGGGAGAAAAUGAACAGGGUAUCUUUGAUGCCGUUCUGCGGGGGCAUCUUGAUUUCUCAUCUGAACCUUGGCCCAGCAUAUCCAGUAGUGCCAAAGAUCUUGUGAAGAAGAUGCUGCGUGCUGAUCCUAGAGAACGGCUUUCAGCCGUUGAAGUCCUAAGUUCAUUGUGA